AUGGAUCAAGAUGUAGUGAAUAGUUUGGGAAACUUGAAGCUCACAAAAGAAGAAGAAGAGGAUAUUGUUAUUACUAAUAGCAACAGUUCUGAAAUUUUUGAAGAAUGCUCUCUGAGCUUAUUUGGGCGUCUACUUUCAGAUCGCCAUCAAAAUCUUAGAGCUGUGAAGAACACUCUAAAAGCAGCUUGGAAAAUGGGCUCUGAUCUGAGAAUAGUGGAAGUGGGUAAUAAUAUUUUGCAGUUUAAGUUUGGGUCUAGAUACCAGUUAGAGUGGGUGGAAAGAAGUGGCCCAUGGAAUUUUGAUAAUAACCUCCUUCUUCUUUGCCGGUGGAGGAAAGGUUUGACAUCAAAAAACAUUACUUUCUUUCAUUCUCCUUUUUGGGUGCAAAUUUGGGGUCUGCCAUUUGAGAAUAUGACUGAAGAUAUUGGAAGAGAUAUUGGCAAUAAAAUUGGAAGAGUGUUGGAGGUUGACAAGAGAGCUAUACAAACAGACCAAGCAAAGUUUUUAAGAAUAAGAGUUGAGGUGCAAAUUGAUAAACCUCUCCGUAGAGGGGGGUAUGUGAAGAAUGAUGAAGGUGGAAGAUUUUGGGUGGAUUUCAGGUAUGAGAGGUUGCCUACUCUCUGUUAUAGAUGUGGAAUACUUGGGCAUGAUGAAAAACAUUGUCAAGGUAGUUCACUGGAGCAAUUAUCAGGGAGGCAAUAUGGUAAAUGGCUGAAAGCUAGUGGAGUUUUGAAAUUUGGAGGUAAAAAAGAAAGGCUGAAAGAGCAGUCCGUGGCUGAGAAAGGAGGCUUGGCUUCCAUGGUGGUGGACGGUAAUGCUAGAAAAGGAAGUGGGGCGGGCAGCCAAAGCUCGCCAGCGAUGGUGGUUGACAGGAAUGUAGAGGCGGAGAAGGGUGCAACGCUCAUGAUGGAGGCGGAUCAGUUGGAGCAUGAGAUGAAUCCUGAUAUGUCAAGUCAUAGGAAACACGGUGAGCAGGCCAGAUGGGAAGAGACGUUGACAGGAGCUUUGAACAGUGUGGAGGAGCAGAAGACAAGUGAUGGGCAGAAUGAAGAGAGAACUAGUUCGGUAAGGACUAAUUGGAUUAGGACUGAAGCUGGUCAACAAGUAGUUAGAAAGCCAUUUGGGCCAGAUACUAAUGGGGCUGGUAGUGUAAGCCCACAAAGAAUAAAUGAGAAUGAAGGCUUAAGUGGGGAAAAGAAGAAUGGGCUGAAUUUAAAUGAGCUUGAAAGGAAAAAGCCCGUGAGGUUAGAAGAAAAAGAGCACUCUUUGGUGGACCGGACACAGCCUCCUUGUCCAGACCGUGUGAUUGCCCAAGGAACUAAAGGGAGAAUUAAAAAGAUCGCUAGAGAAAAAGGGAAAGCCCAAGAGGUGGUGAAGUCAAAAAGAGCCCAAGAGGAAGGGGGUGCAAAUUUAUUUGAUGAAACGGUGGUGACUGCUGAGCAGCACCGCAUAGACCAAUGA